AUGGAAAAUUCCGAUUCGUUUUCUAGUAAACAAGAUGAUUUGGAUACUGGCAAAGAUGUUACUACAAAACUGUAUCAUCAUAAUAACCUUUCAUAUAUUCAAAGUUCAAAACUAAUCGCAAUUGAUUAUCUUAAAAUAGCUACUAUUAUCGUAUUACUUAUUGCUAGUAUCAUACUUUGUAAAUAUGAACCACCUGCGAAAACAUUACAUGAAACAAUACUUAAUCAAACUUUAAAUAAUCAAUCACAAAAUUAUGAAACUGAUGAAGUCGAUGAUAAUCCAUAUGGAUUUCAUCCAUUUUAUCAAGUUCAUCAACGUGUUCAAUAUAAAAAUCCAAAUAUUAAUCCAUGUGUUGAUAUUGAUCCAAAGAAAACUUUAUUAAUUGCAAUAUUAUCACGUGCUAGUAAUGUUCAUAUACGCGAAGCCAUUCGAUCAACUUGGGGUGCUCCUAGAACUUAUAAUGAUAUUGAAAUACGUCUUACAUUUAUAGUUGGUAUUGAUGAUGGAAUGUUAAAACAAAUUGAACUAGAACAAACAAUUUAUCAUGAUGUUAUACAAAUAAAUAUGCCAGAAAAUUAUCCUGUUGUAUCUUAUAAAGAAUUAGCAACAUUAUGUUGGAGUAAAUAUUAUUGCUCAAAUAUACAAUAUGUAUUUAAAGUUGAUGAAGAUAUUCAUUUAAAUACACCAUUAUUAACUCGUAUUAUUUCUGAAUUUAUGAAAAAUGAAUCAUUACCAGAAAUACCAAUAAUGUAUGGUUGGUUUAGACACAAAUCACGUGUUGAUCGUUACGGACGUUAUCUUGUUACAGAAGAAGAAUAUCCUGGUUUUUAUUAUCCACCAUAUACAUUUGGUAUUGGAUAUUUGUUAACAAAAGCUGGUCGUGAUAAUUUAUGUACUAGUGCACAACGUCCACAUCCCGUGACACGUGUUGGUGAUGCUUAUAUAACUGGUAUUCUACGUGAUCAUGCUAUGGUUCAACAUGCACGUUUUGUUGACGUACAUUAUAUUUAUUCAACUACAUUUAAUGGACUACAUUGUCACGAAUAUUUUACUUAUGAUCCGAAGUUACUUAUAUGCAUGUCUAGUCUACAUUCUGGUACUAAUGAUAUGGCUGAUGAAUUUGUUCUUGUAUGGAGUGCAAUACAUAAAGAUAAAGAUAACGAACAAACUGAAUAA